AACGGCACAAAAUUCGUUCCAUGUUUAUACAUACACAAUCCUGUCUCGUCAUCAUUUCACACUUCAUGAAAAAAAAUAUUAUCUAUUAAAAUUUAAAUCAUUAAAAUUUAGUAACGCAUGUACAUCCUAUCUUAAAUUUAACACGAUUCAUACAAUUCCUAUGUGUUUAUCUUCAACACCAUGUUUCAAUAAAAAAUUACACAUUAUAAAAAAUAAAUAAAAGGAGUACGGUAAAUUAAGCUUCGGGCAAUUUCAAAUUUGUAUAAGCAGUAAUUAUUGAAAAUCAUGGGAGCUACACAAACAACCUUCUGCAACGAGGCGGAUAUCCCGAUAAGCACCGGCUUAUCUGUCCUCAUCACUUACUACUUCACCGAGACGCUCCUCCCCCAGCAGUGCGUCACCUAUAACGUGGGUCGCGUCUGGUUUACCGCUUUUGCCCACCUGUCCUCCGGCUACGACCCGGACAGCGGAUUCGGUCAAAUUUACUUCCUCACGAACGAAACUACUGCGGUCGGCGUGCAAGUAACGCCCGCUUUGAUCCCGAUAGUACCCGGGUUACUGAAAUAUUUACGGGUCACCCGGCGCGAGGCGAAGUACAUCAUGGCUGCCAGUCCCGCCUUUGUCGAGGACGAUUUCGACGCCGUGGCGAAUGCUUACAUGGCCGCGGCUUGCAGUGUUUAUACGCAAUCGACAGGAUAUUAUGCGGGAAGUAGUCAUAAAAUAUGGGUCACUGGGGGACCUAAAAGGACAAUUGCGAAAAUUGAUGAUUACGAAGUUCCCGCACAUAUUAUUCCGUAUAAGAAAAGUUUUCGACCGUUCCAGAUGGAAAUCGAUUAGUGUGUAAUAUGAAUAAAGUUUAGGGCUAACUAAUUAAAAGAUUUGCAAUUUCUUCCUUAUUUGUUACAAAUGACGAUUUGUUUAUUUGUUACAAAUGACGAUUUAUAUUUCUGUAUUUAUUUAUUUAUUGAUAAUAAACUCGAAUGUUAUCGGUUUGAUA